AUGGAAUCACUCGUAUAUGAGAACUCGCCUCUGGCCGAAUACCUGGAAGGACAUGACGAGAGCUGGCCCGUGGAAGAGAACCAAAGCGACGAUGAUCAUACCACCCUCAACUUUGCCCCCCGAGGGUCUUCCAAAUUCCAGGACCGCGUACGAAACAAACUCCCGAAGCCUCUCGACCUAGGAACACCCCAAGGACAGUUGAUCGGGAAAAUCUAUGAGGCGUGCUCGUCCGCGCUAAAUGCCCGAUUAACGCGAAGCGACAACGAACGAUUCUUAGAACAAUUCGGCUACGUGAUUGUUGCCUCACAGCUCUUGAAUGAGCACAGCGCCCCCUCCUACACCUCCGCCUCCGACGUCCACUCCGCGAAACAACCCGCAGCACUCCCGUCCCUAUCUACAACUUUUGGAAUUCAAGGCGCUAUUGUCACCGCCUGCACAUCAUUCUCUAUUGCAUGGUUAUUACAUUGGAGCCGGUCGAAGACCGGAUCGGGGGUUAGUCUAAAGAAAGUUGGUCUACUGUUGGUACUGGUUCCGGCUGUUGGGGUUUUGUUCUACGUUUUCGCAAAACGCCAGUGGCUAAAGUACCUGCGGCAUCAAGCUGUUGAGGCAGCGGGGACUUUUAUUGGAAAUGCCCAGGGUUUCGAUCAUGCUGCUUCGGCUUCGGUUGUCUUCAUUCAGGAGGUGGAACUGGUGUCACGGGGGUAUCGGAUAAGUACCCCUUUACCGCCGAUCAGCCGACUUGAGGAGGUAGUGCAGACACGGCGCUGUCUAAGACUGCGCCGAGCAGUGUCAGAGUGCUUCUCCUCAAUGCUCGAGCGAUAUAUCCAAUCUCAAAACACUUUGCGCCCGCUCACAGAGGAGGGUAACCUUGCCAAGUAUUACGACAUUUACGAUAUUGGACUGGAGGAACUCGAGGUGAUUGAACUCUCGGUGUCCCAGAGAACACACGAAGAUCAGUACUCCCUACGUUACCUCCGAGAUCUCUUUGGCAAAUUGUACAGCAUACGCAAAAGCGUUUUAUGCUGUUUGUUGGCGCUGAGUGCGGAUGGUGGAGGAUCUGACAUCACGAGAUGGAGCUCUGCUGUCGAGGAAAUGCGUGAGCUCGCUGCAGUGACUGGUGCUAGCAUGUCGAAAAUGACUGCAAUUCUGAGCGAGGAGGAUAGCGAACAAAACAUCCCUCCAUCCCCAUUACCUUCAGCUUCAUCAAGCAAGGAUCACCUGCGAGCUCAAUACCGACGCCUCAACUCUCUUUCACAGGGGGUCCGUGCCUUGCAUGCGAAAAUGCACAUCGUCAGCGAGGAGUCACAUGCAAAUCUCGAGCGUGCAGAUGCCGAGGAGUUCGAGGCUACACUCCUUGCACAAUAUGACUCAGUUGGCAGUGACCUGCGUGCUCUGCUCCAGGAGUGGGAAUCCGGCAAGACGGCAUUGGUAAAUCAACAUGACCGUCUCAGUGUCGGAGAUCACUCAAGACCUUCCAGCACCUUUUUGAUGCCCAUGUCACCCACUCCGAGCCUUGGGGGCUCCACGGCAGUGGAAGGCAGUCCAACCGACGCACUCAAAGCCUUGAACGGCGAUCAUCGGCCGGAUCUGACGCAUACUUACGAAGAUGAAGAGAUCUUCGAAGCUGUUGUCCUCCCCGGCUCCCGAAAUAAGAGGAUGUCUUUGACCCGAGACGAACGUCUGGCCCGCGUCCGAGAAGACCGUGUCAGGCAAGCUACCGCUCGCGAAAAGAUGGACGCAAGCAACAAUAUGCUCAAGGAGCUGGAGAUGGUGAUUAAACAAAGGCCUGGGAAUCACUCUUCCAAGCGAGUCACCAUGUUGGAAGCUCGUUUGGAACAGGCCAGUCUGCUGAAGCGCGUGGUCGACGCUAUCAAGGACCUCGUCCAAGACUGCAACUUCGACUGCAAUGACUCCGGAAUCGCCCUGCAGGCCAUGGACAACUCGCACGUUGCCCUGGUCUCCAUGCUGCUCCGCGCCGAGGGUUUCUCUCCCUACCGCUGCGACCGCAACAUUGCCCUCGGAAUCAACCUGCUCUCCCUCACCAAGGUGCUCCGCGCCGCCCAAAAUGAAGACAUCCUGACCCUCAAGGCUGAGGACUCACCCGAUGCCGUUAACCUCAUGUUCGAGAGCGCCGAGACAGAUCGUCUCAGCGAAUAUGAUAUCAAGCUCAUGGAUAUCGACCAAGAGCACCUGGCUAUUCCCGAGACCGAGUACGCUGCUACCGUGGAGAUGCCCUCUGGCGAGUUCCAGCGUAUUUGCAGAGAUCUCAACGCACUUUCCGAGUCUGUCGUGAUCGAGGCCAACAAGGAGGGCGUCAAGUUCUCCUGCAGCGGUGACAUCGGUAACGGCUCUGUUACCAUCCGCCAACACACCAACGUUGACAAGCCCGAACAAAAUGUCACCGUCAACAUCUCCGAGCCCGUCGCCCUGACCUUCUCCCUCAAGUACCUCGUCAACUUCUGCAAGGCCUCCAACCUGUCCUCAUCUGUCGUCCUCCACCUUUCCCAGGAGGUGCCUUUGCUUGUCGAGUACGGUCUCGGAAGUGGCCACCUGCGCUUCUACCUGGCCCCCAAGGUAAGCUAUCAUUCCCCAAGGUCUCGGCGAAGACGAGUAAACGGACUAUAUGGGGCGUUGAAGGGAUAG